CAGCUCUUCUCCAGCGGGACAGUAGCUACGGCACGGCACGGCGCGCGCGCUCACUCGCACAACUCAACCCGCAUACAGUACACGCGCGUACAGAGUCAGCGGGGAGCUCGAGGCGCACGAGCAGCGCGUCGGCGGCGGGAAAAAAAAAGUCACGCUAAAAAGCCGCGAGAACCGAAAUGCGAGUCUUUAAUUCGACGAGAUAACACAGCGUCCAGACUUUUGGAAGUCGGUGGACUUCAUCCUGAGCGCGAACCUUGAGAGAAACGCCUGAAACUCCACGCCACGGGUGAAGAGCUCGGAACCAUCUUUCCAAGUUUUUAACUGAAUUUGGCAACAAUGACUGCCAGGUCAGCCAUCAACAAAGAGAUCUUUAUCCCACACAACGAGAGGAUGUUGGCAGCCGUGCAAGUGAGGAGGAGGACGAAGAAGAAGAUUCCAUUCCUGGCCACAGGUGGUCAGGGCGACUACAUGACUUUCAUCUGUCUAUCAGUGACCAAUAAGAAGCCAGCAGAGAUUUCUAUCACAAAAGUAAAGCAGUUUGAGGGCUCUUCCGCUUUUGUCCGGAGAUCCCAGUGGAGUCUUGACCAGCUGCGGCAGGUGAACGGAAUUGACCCUAACAGGGAUUGUCCAGAGUUUGACCUGACAUUUGAGAACGCGUUUGACCAGUGGGUAGCCGGCUCAGCUGGGGACAAGUGCGUGUUCGUGCAGGUCCUACAUAACACGUGUCAGCGCUACAGUGCAGAAAGGAAGCCAGAAUUUGUCAAUUGCCAAUCCAAACUGCUGGGAGGUAACAGCAUCCUGCACUCUGCAGCUGACAGUGUGACUAGUGCAGUGCAGAAGGCCAGUCAGGCACUGAACGAGCGUGGAGAGAGACUGGGCCGUGUGGAGGAGAAAACUGGAGACAUGAUGAACAGUGCUCAGCAGUUUGCAGAUACUGCACAUAAGCUGGCCAUGAAGCACAAAUGUUAAACUGUGCCAAAUCACAGAGGGUUCUGCCAAUGACGCCUGGAAAUACAUAGAGUGGACAGAUUUUAGAUGAUCGUAACACAGGAAAUAUUUAACACUAGUAUUAUGUCUAUGGAGUUCAAGCUGGGGCAAAAAUUUCUGCCUCUCAACUGGGUAUUGUUCAAAAAAAGCACCUAGUGAGUUUUAUCUUUUUAGGCGCUUCUCUACUGGUUCCUUACACAGAUGGGAACAAGUGCCAAUAUUACCGGGGUCCUGAAGCAGGAUUAUCUUACAGAUGGAUUUAGGGCAGUGUGUUACAUUUAGGGCCAAUUAAACCUGAUAUACAGAAGACACACUAGUUCUAAGCAGUUGCCUAAGGUUAUAAUUUAUUUAUCUUUAAACCCAUAAUGCAUUUCAUAUACUCACUGAAAGCUAGCUAGGCCUAUUUUGGAGAGAAAUGAAAGUGAGGUGUGAUGUUACCCUUUCCGUAAACUUUUUUUAAUACAUGUUGUGAUAAAGUCACAAAAACAGAACCAGUUGUUUGCAUUUAAAAACAAAUGUUCGUGUAUUUGGUCAAAGAUUUCAUACAUUUUAAUCAUGAAAAUAGACUAAUAUAAUAUACAGUUUGCUAUCAAGCUGAAAUAAAUGCUUAGCUGUUUAUGUAGUUGCAUAUCUAAACUUACUGUUAAAUAAACUUUGUGGGCAAAUCUCUACAAAAAGCAGUGCUCUAUAUACAGUAGCUUUCGCUUUGGUUUAGACCGUGUUCUUCAGAUAUAUAUAUAUAUAUA